UGCCGUCUGAUCAACGAUUCGCUUCUCCAGUUCACCGUACGUUCCUUUCUUCUCCAAAAUUUCAAUCUCCAUUUCAUUUUCUCUCUCUUUAAUUUCUUAUUUAUUUUACAAUGUCAGGAAUCGGAGAAUCUCUCUCUCAGCAAACAAGAAGAGAAAAACCUCCUUCUCAUUCUGUCUCAGGUUCCCCUCUCUUCUCUUUCUCUCAAAUUCCUACUCUGAACCUCCUUUCAUUACUUAACUCUAAUCUCUGGUUCUGUUUUCAGGUCUCAAACGAAACUCGCCGCUUGAUUCAGUCGACUAAAACCUCUUCUUCAUUAAACCCUAACUCACAAAACCACCACUGUUUAUCUAAAGCAAUAUCCCACUUGGUUACUUUGUUAACUCUGGAAAGCCGAUACAUUCAACAUUUAGCUGGCAAUGUUCUCGUAACCCUCUCUGAAUUUCUAGCCUCAUCUGUAAGAAGCUGGGAAUUUUUUAUCCGUUCGCUCUGUAUUUGCCUUGAAUUAUCAAUUUUGAACAUAACUUCGUGUUCCUUUGAACCUUCAAUAACUGGAGUUGGGGGUUCCGGUUCUGACAUAUUGAGUGUCGUAGUUUUGUUUAAGCCUAAGUUGAAAAAGACUAACUUGUUUGCAGUAGCUGCAAUUAUUCGAACAUUAAGAAAUAUGCUGAAAUUUUUGAAGGAAGAGUGUGAUGAUGAGCUUGUUCUAGUGUUUUUAAAUUCGAUAAGCUCUUACGUUUUGAAUGUGCCUUGGGAUUCAAUGGAUGAGAUCUUUUGUGGAAUUGGUGGUGAAAAGGAUGAGCCUAGGAAUUUGUUUUUGGGGAAUUUUGUUCAGUUACUAUGUUCUUUUGUAGAGCAAUUUAGUUUUGCAGAAGGAUUAGUUGAUUCUGUAGAUAAGCAUGCAAUUCUUUCCAAAAUUAUCAACCUUGUACCUAAACUUCUAUCUUGGUGCCUUGGCAAGAAAGCUGUCUGUAACAACAUUUGCAUCUCUCGGUACUUCAAACACAAAUUAUUGGUUUUGAUGAUCAGACUUAGUUUUCAAAUACCCCUAGAUGGUUUGGUCCUUGUUUCCUGGUUGCAGCUUCUCCAUUUUUACUUUGAAGACCUUUUAUGCCAACCUUUAACUGAAGUUGAGAAUCAAGAUGAUUGUUUAGAAGGUUCUCCUUUUAUGUUAAGUUAUUCUGAUGGAGAAGUACAUGAUAUGCAAGCUCGCCAUUUACAAAGACGGGCCGUUUAUCUUUUCUUGAGGUGUUCAUCCCGUUUGAUAAAUCCAGCCAAAGAUGCUAGCAAGCAUUAUCCUAGUGAUGCAAUUUCGGAGUUGAGUUGUUAUGGAAGAAAGAAAGGUUUAUCAGAGCUAUAUGCUUGGCUUUCUAGACAUGUUCCAGUCAAUGAGCUUCUUAUCCAUGAAACAUACAGGGAGAAGUCCAUUAACUUUUCGUCUUCCCUCCUCAAGCUCUAUAUACAUGAGGAUGACAUAUUAUUCAAAUUGCUCUUGGAACUACUUUCUCUACAAGCUUGUGAAGAACAACAAUUUCACAAAGAAAGACAAGCAGCCGAAGAUGAGACAAUAGAUGUAGAAAGACAGGCAGCUGAAGAUGAGACGAUAGAUGUUCUUUUUCAUGUUACAGAUAUUUUUAAUCCGAUACACCUAUUUCAUCUGUUCCUCGCAGAGUUGCACUAUGAUCAUCAAGUUCUUCUCGAUUAUCUCAUCUCCAAAGACACAGGAAUUAGUUGCGCAGAGUAUCUCUUAAAGUGCUUGCGCAUCGUAUGUGAUUAUUGGCAAACAUUUACUGAGUUUUCAGUUUAUGAGAAACAAAGAAAUCAAUUAUCUGACAAGAGAAGAAAAAUUUUGUUGGAAAGCUCCAAUUUUAAGACAGAGCCUUCAUCUGGACCUGUGAAAACGGAAACUUUGUCCAUAGAGAAGAAAUUUAAAGGUGACAUUGAAUGUGGACACGUGAAAGAAAUGUAUGAGCUAGCCAAGGAUUGUUUACUCUCUCUGAAAAAAUCUGUGGGGAACCUUCACCGGAAGAAAUUGUUUCCAUACAACCCGGAAGUGCUUCUAAAACGCUUAACAAGAUUUCAGGAACUAUGCUUUAAAGAGUAGGAUGAAUACGUCUGAGGAAUGAAAGGCCUAGUCAGCAUGACUAUGACCUUGGUAUCACUGUUCAUUUAAUGA